GGCGGCGGCGGCGGCGGCGGAGGGGGUCCGGCCCGGGGCAGCGAGGUAACCCGCGGCCGCCCGCCCGAGCCCCGCUCCGGCCUCGAGAGGCGGGCUCCGGCCGCGGUUCGCGCGCCCGCGCUGCACCCGGCGUCCAGGUGGGAUGGAAGAAGCCGGUCAGGUGCAGACAACCAAGCGAGGUGAUGCUCAUGAGUUAAGAAACAUAUUCUUACAGUAUGCCAGUACUGAAGUCGAUGGAGAACAUUACAUGACCCCGGAGGACUUUGUCCAGCGCUAUCUUGGACUGUAUAAUGAUCCAGAUAGCAAUCCGAAGAUUGUUCAGCUCUUGGCAGGAGUAGCUGAUCAAACCAAGGAUGGGUUGAUCUCCUAUCAAGAGUUUUUGGCAUUUGAAUCUGUUUUAUGUGCUCCAGAUUCCAUGUUCAUAGUGGCUUUCCAAUUGUUUGACAAGAGUGGAAAUGGAGAGGUGACAUUUGAAAAUGUCAAAGAAAUUUUUGGACAGACUAUUAUUCAUCAUCAUAUCCCUUUUAACUGGGACUGUGAAUUUAUCCGACUGCAUUUUGGGCAUAAUCGGAAGAAGCAUCUUAACUACACAGAAUUCACACAGUUUCUCCAGGAGCUACAAUUGGAACAUGCAAGACAAGCCUUUGCACUGAAAGACAAAAGCAAAAGCGGCACGAUUUCUGGUCUGGAUUUCAGUGACAUCAUGGUUACCAUUCGGUCUCACAUGCUUACUCCCUUUGUGGAGGAGAACUUAGUUUCAGCAGCUGGAGGAAGUAUCUCACACCAAGUUAGCUUCUCCUACUUCAAUGCAUUUAACUCCUUGCUGAAUAACAUGGAGCUUGUUCGUAAGAUAUAUAGCAUUCUAGCGGGCACAAGGAAAGAUGUGGAAGUCACAAAGGAGGAGUUUUCCCAGAAUGCAAUACGCUAUGGACAAGUCACCCCACUAGAAAUUGAUAUCCUAUACCAACUUGCAGACUUAUAUAAUGCUACAGGGCGCUUGACUUUGGCAGAUAUUGAGAGAAUUGCUCCGUUGGCUGAGGGGGCCUUACCUUACAACCUGGCAGAACUUCAGAGACAGCAAUCUCAUGGUUUAGGCAGGUCUGUCUGGCUCCAGGUUGCCGAGUCUGCUUACAGAUUCACUCUGGGCUCAGUUGCUGGAGCUGUGGGAGCCACUGCAGUAUAUCCUAUAGAUCUGGUGAAGACCCGCAUGCAAAACCAGCGUGGCACUGGCUCUGUGGUGGGAGAGCUGAUGUACAAAAACAGCUUUGACUGUUUUAAGAAAGUCUUGCGUUAUGAGGGCUUCUUUGGACUCUAUCGGGGCCUGAUACCACAACUUAUAGGGGUUGCUCCAGAAAAGGCUAUUAAACUGACCGUUAAUGAUUUUGUUCGGGACAAAUUCACCAAAAGAGAUGGUUCCAUUCCACUUUUUGCAGAAAUCCUUGCCGGAGGUUGUGCUGGCGGCUCUCAGGUCAUCUUUACCAACCCACUGGAGAUUGUAAAGAUUCGGUUGCAGGUGGCUGGGGAGAUCACCACAGGGCCCAGGGUCAGUGCCCUCAAUGUGCUCCGAGACCUGGGACUUUUUGGUUUGUAUAAGGGUGCCAAAGCGUGUUUCCUCCGAGACAUUCCCUUCUCUGCCAUCUAUUUUCCUGUGUAUGCUCAUUGCAAACUACUUCUGGCUGAUGAAAACGGACGCGUGGGAGGUGCGAAUCUGCUGGCAGCUGGAGCCAUGGCAGGUGUGCCUGCCGCUUCUCUGGUGACCCCGGCUGAUGUCAUCAAGACAAGACUGCAAGUGGCUGCCCGUGCUGGCCAGACGACAUACAGUGGUGUCAUCGACUGUUUCAGGAAGAUACUCCGGGAAGAAGGGCCUUCAGCUUUUUGGAAAGGAACAGCAGCCCGAGUGUUUCGGUCCUCUCCCCAGUUUGGUGUUACCUUGGUCACCUAUGAACUUCUCCAGCGGUGGUUUUACGUUGACUUUGGAGGCCUCAAACCCUCUGGCUCCGAACCCACACCUAAGUCACGCAUCGCAGACCUUCCUCCUGCCAAUCCCGAUCACAUCGGUGGAUACAGACUCGCCACAGCCACUUUCGCUGGCAUUGAAAACAAGUUUGGCCUUUAUCUCCCCAAAUUUAAAUCUCCUAGUGGCCCCGUGGCUCAGUCAAAGCCAGUGGCAGCAGCUCAGUGAUGAGACGACCGCUGAGUGUGGCAGAGUAGCUCCCUGAAGAGAGAGGCCUAGCGAGCAGCCCUGCGCUGUGCCUAGUCAGCCGCACGGUGCCGACUGAGCCGAGUCUAUAUGUCAUAUACAUGUAUUUGUUCAUAGUCAUUUGCCCAGGAAAAAAAAUACAAUGCAGUUUCAAGCUUUAGUCAUGUGUUGAAAUGUUUUUAAGCUUUGGCAUGAGUUAGUGUUCUUAGACUGCUUUGCACAGCUUGCACUUACAGUGAGUGACUGUACAUAUUGUACAUCUUUGUACAGAGACACCUUGGCACCUCAUCCCAACAAAUCACAUUUAUAGAAUGUACGCAUUUCCUAGUGGCUUGAAAUGUACAGAAUGUUUUGAAAGUGUUUUAUUAAGAAUCACACGGAAAUAAAUGUAUUAACAAUUAAA